GAGGUUCGGUGGUGGUGUGCCGCUCAGUGACACGUCGGGACGCGUGAGGCUGCGUUGCGCGCGGAGCACUCUGGGACGUGUAGUUCUCGCGAUGGAGCGAGCUGUGCCGCAGGCGGUGCCUCUGGGUCAGAUGGAAGUGUUUCAGGCCCUGCAGCGGCUGCACAUGACUGUUUUCUCCCAGAGUGUCUCACCCUGCGGGAAGUUCCUUGCAGCUGGCAACAAUUAUGGGCAGAUAGCCAUCUUCAGCUUGUCUGCUGCUUUGAGUUCCGAGGCCAAAGAGGAAAGUAAGAAGCCCGUAGUGACCUUCCAAGCCCAUGAUGGGCCUGUCUAUAGCAUGGUCUCCACUGAUCGACAUCUGUUCAGUGCUGGUGACGGAGAGGUGAAGGCCUGGCUUUGGGCAGAGAUUCUCAAGAAGGGCUGUAAGGAGCUAUGGCGACAUCAGCCCCCAUACAGGACCAGCCUGGAAGUGCCUGAGAUCAAUGCUUUGCUUCUUAUUCCCAAGGAGAAUUCCCUCAUCCUGGCAGGGGGAGACUGCCAGUUGCAUACGAUGGACCUUGAGACAGGGACCUUCACACGGGCUCUCCGGGGCCACACGGACUAUAUUCACUGCCUGGCACUGCGGGAGCGGAGCCCUGAAGUGUUGUCGGGUGGCGAGGAUGGGGCCGUGCGGCUUUGGGACCUUCGCACAGCCAAGGAAGUCCAGACGAUCGAGGUCUACAAGCACGAGGAGUGCUCAAGGCCCCAAAAUGGGCGCUGGAUUGGAUGCUUGGCAACUGACUCAGACUGGAUGGUCUGUGGAGGGGGCCCAGCACUCACCCUCUGGCACCUCCGAUCCUCCACACCCACCACCAUCUUCCCCAUGCGGGCACCACAGAAGCAUGUCACCUUCUACCAGGACCUGAUUCUGUCAGCCGGCCAGGGCCCUUGUGUCAACCAGUGGCAGCUGAGUGGAGAGCUUAAGGCCCAGGUACCUGGCUCCUCCCCAGGACUGCUCAGCCUCAGCCUCAACCAGCAGCCAGCAGCACCAGAGUGCAAGGUGUUGACAGCUGCAGGCAACAGCUGCCGGGUGGAUGUCUUCACCAAUCUUGGCUACCGAGCCUUCUCCCUUUCCUUCUGACCUCCAGCAACACCCCACCUCCCCAUCCCAGGGUCUGGACUGUUUUGUUUCUUUUUACGAAUAAAAUUUCAAGCUUUCU